AUGGCUACGUCCGGUCUGGAUCGUUUGGGCGCGAAACUGUACGUUUUACUGGGCCUGCUGUUCGUCGGUAUAAACGGGGAGAAGAAGGUCAACUUGGCUGACAUAGAGAGGGACAAUUUGCGAUCGGAAGGUAUAUCGAAAUCGGGUGUCGCUCGGCCAGAAGGAACGAAGUACUUGACGAAGCCAGAGUAUAAUCAGCAACAAUACCAGUUACCCAGCCAAUACAACAGACCAAUUAAUACACCUAACGCAUAUGUCACUGCUCCACCGAGUCAAAAUGCUCCAGAAACCUACAUUCAGUCCAACAAAUACAUUCUAAGGGAACCAAUCUAUCAACAACAGAAUAAUGUCCCACCGGAGCAGUCUCCGGAAUCUCAAUAUUAUAACGAGUACCAACAAUCCCCGUCAUCUUCUAAAGACAUUUCGCCUAGUAUCUACGAAUCCCAACAGUUGAUCUACCAACCGGAAGUGGUCGUUGGUAACCAGUUGCAAGCAACUCAGCAGAAGACUGUUACGGCUAAAUACGCGAAAAACGUGAACAAAGAGACAGUAUACGUCGAUAUCCCCAUGAUGCACCUUCUGGCUUAUUACCCAAACUUGAACGGGAAUCCCGGUAAAAGCAGCGGGCUAUUGGUGCCUCAAUUGACUACAGCCGCGACGGAACAGAUAUCCAUUCCUCUCUAUACUUCGCCGCUAAACCAGAAACCGAUUGUUCCGGUGAAGCCGACUUAUCAGAUUCAGUACGCUUCGAAAUACAAUGGGGCUGUUCAACCCACUUUCACCACUAAGGCACUGAAGGGUACCGUUUACGCCACUCCCGUUACUCCGAAGAAGUACACCAGUGCCCCGUUAGUAAACGUGCCGACAUACGUUCCAUCGGACCAAUCGCUCGCCCAGGGAAGGCAGUUCUUAUACACGCAAGCGUACAUCGCUCCACCCCAUCCGCAAUACGUCUCCCAGUUAGUCUACACACAGCCAGCGACUGUUUAUAUGCACGCUACGCCUGUCUACAACGACGUCUACGCUCGUGCACCUGCCUACUCGCAGGACAACUCUCUGCACACAAACGUAAACUACAACGGCCCACCUGAACAAUUGGAGACUUCCGUGCCGAUCGCCGAUGAGCUGCCAAAUCAGGUUUUGACACAACAAACCAGCCAGAGCGUGGCUCAGAAUUACGUCAAGGAUCCCGAGGAACCCAGUGACGAUUUGGUACCGCCUCAAUUACCGCCUCAGGAUUUCAAAUCUGGCGUCACGUCCUUGCUACCAGUUCCGUCGCAAGAGGACGAGCCCCUUCCAGUGCAGAAUCACGUGGUCCCAACCGAGCCAAGAUCUCUGUUGGAUUCGUACAUCCCUAGCAACGUAAUCGUGGCUCAGGAUUCCGCCAGAUAUCAAGAAAGGCCGAUCAAAUUGGAGAGCGGCUUCCUGCCGUCGAAAGAGAACUUCCUGUACAAGAAACGUAAGGCCGAGUGA